AUGCGUGAUAUCAACGCUUACGAGGCAAACUCCUCACCAUCGCAGUACCACCUGCAGUCCUGCACACCCAGGCAAGAAGACACCGCAGUGACCGCAGUGACCGCAGUGACCGCAGUGACCGCACGAUCGCGCAAGGACAGCGACAGGCCAGCCACCGAGUGGGACAGCGACCCCGCCGCCGGGCUCUGGAAUGAAAAUGCGAUCGCUAGAAAAUUCGGGAACACAAGCCUCGCUGGGUUCCCAGUGGCCUCGAGCCUGGUUGAGUGGACCAGGGCCCUGCCAAGCACCCUCUAA